UGAGACUCGGCGGCCAGUACUGGAGAGGAGUGAACUACCAGAGGAGCUGACUGGAGCCUCUGGAGCUUUUUCCACCUUGACACCAGUGACAGAGAGGACAGCCGCUGAUGGAGAUGACUGGACUGUCACUUCAGGAACAGCAUCCCUCCAAUUUGGGAAGUUUUCUCUGUCCUGAGAAAUUGAGAGUUACUUGGAAAUUUUGAUCCCAGAGGCACAAAUAUUGGAGGAUUUCUACCUCAGCUGGGAGCUAGGCAAACUCAAAGAGAGUCAGCCGUUGGAUAAAAAAACACAACUAAACUCCAGGAUGAAGACUCGUCUCCUCUGCUUGGAGCUACUCCUCUUGACGGGUCACGUCCUCGUGGCCAAUGGGCAGAUCGGGUCAAAAAAACAAACGCCCCAGGACCUUAUCGGGGUCACCCAGAGACUCGGGCUCGUAGAGAGAGAUGUGCAGGGUCCGGUGAGGCCCAACAUCACCAUGCCCCGCCGCCGGCUACCUCCCAUGUGCACCGGACCCACGGAGAUCCGAGACACCUUCAAGUACAUCAACACGGUGGUGUCCUGCCUGGUGUUUGUCGUGGGUAUUAUCGGUAACUCCACUCUGCUGAGGAUCAUCUAUAAGAACAAGUGCAUGCGCAACGGGCCGAACAUCCUGAUCGGCAGCCUGGCGCUCGGAGACCUGCUGCACAUCAUCAUCGGCAUUCCCAUCAAUGUUUACAAGCUCCUGGCAGAGGACUGGCCUUUCGGCGUGACUCUGUGCAAGCUGGUGCCGUUUGUCCAGAAAGCCUCGGUGGGGAUCACAGUGCUCAGUCUGUGCGCUUUGAGUAUUGACAGGUAUCGCGCCGUGGCCUCCUGGAGCCGCAUCAAAGGGAUCGGGGUUCCAAAGUGGAUGGCUAUCGAGAUCGUGCUCAUCUGGAUAUUAUCCAUCAUCCUGGCUGUGCCAGAGGCAAUAGCCUUCGACAUGAUCACCAUGGACUACAAAGGAGAACACUUGAGGAUCUGUUUGCUGCACCCCAUGCAGACAGGCAACUUUAUGAAGUUUUAUAAAUCAGCGAAGGACUGGUGGCUGUUCAGCGCGUAUUUCUGCCUGCCGUUGGUCUGCACCGCUAUUUUCUACACCCUGAUGACCUGUGAGAUGCUGAGGAAGAAGAAUGGAGUCCAGAUUGCUCUCAGCGACCACCUCAAACAGCGAAGGGAGGUGGCGAAGACAGUGUUCUGCCUGGUUCUGGUCUUCGCUCUGUGCUGGCUGCCGCUCCACCUCAGCCGCAUCCUGAAGCUCACCAUCUAUGACGAGAAAGAUCCGAACCGCUGCGAGCUGCUCAGUUUCUUUUUGGUGUUGGACUACAUUGGCAUCAACAUGGCGUCUGUCAACUCCUGCAUCAACCCAAUCGCCCUCUACAUAGUCAGCAAACGCUUCAAGAACUGCUUCAGGUCCUGCCUGUGCUGCUGGUGCCUACCGGCUGAGAUGUUGAUGGAUGAGAAGCAGUCGUGCAUGAAGCUGAAAGUCACCGAACGAGCCUCCGACCAGAGCAACUCCCGCAUGACCAACAAGUCCACUACAGCCUGAGGAGGGGCGUAGAGUAAGAAAGGAGUAGAUGUGAUGACAAAAAAAAAACAACUUAAUAUUGAAGUAUGGAUGACUGCAUGAGGAUACAUGCCUAUUCUUGUCUCACCUGCAGCAUCAUGUGAAGUCUCCUUCAACUUUUAACAGAUGUGCUUUUGGAAAUCAGUGAGAUGAAACUCCUUCUAAGCUAAAACUCUGAACACUUGCCAUAAUGGACUGCUGCCCACUCUCACUGUCCAAGAAGAAAUAAGCACCAGUGCACUUCAAACGCUGUAUUCUUGGAUAACAAGCGUGACAUGUGUGUGAAGCAGGAAAACUGGUGUUCAGAGCACCAAAUAUCAAAAACUAACGCCCGGGCCACACUGCCUGCGUGAGCAGCGUGCGUGUGUCGCGGAACUUUUUAUUUCAGCGUUCAUGUUAACAGGUUAUAGAGCAGCCACACAGCCCGCGUGAGCCCCUCUCUUCUAGAGAUUCGAGGUCUUGCCUAUUUUUUCCGCGUUC